GGAGGCCCGGGCCGCGACCCGGUCCGCGCGCUGCUGGAGCCGCCCGGCCGCCCGCGCGCUGAGCACCCGCGGCCCCUCGCCCGCCGGCCCCGGGCUCGCCGGCUGCGGGAGCGGCCUCAAGAUGGACGAGGGCGGCGGCGGCGGCGAGGGAGGCGGCGUGCCUGAAGACCUCUCACUAGAAGAGAGAGAAGAACUUUUAGACAUUCGUCGAAGAAAAAAGGAACUUAUUGAUGACAUCGAGAGGCUGAAAUAUGAAAUCGCGGAAGUGAUGACGGAGAUUGACAACCUCACGUCUGUGGAGGAGAGCAAAACUACUCAGAGGAAUAAGCAGAUAGCCAUGGGAAGGAAGAAAUUCAACAUGGAUCCUAAGAAGGGAAUUCAGUUUCUAAUAGAGAAUGACCUGCUGCAGAGCUCCCCGGAGGACGUGGCCCAGUUCCUCUAUAAAGGGGAAGGCCUGAAUAAGACCGUGAUCGGGGACUACCUGGGUGAAAGGGAUGAAUUUAACAUUAAAGUUCUUCAGGCUUUUGUGGAACUCCACGAGUUUGCCGAUCUCAACCUCGUACAAGCCUUAAGGCAGUUCCUGUGGAGCUUCAGGCUGCCGGGCGAGGCGCAGAAGAUUGACCGCAUGAUGGAGGCGUUCGCGGCGCGCUACUGCCUGUGCAACCCCGGCGUCUUCCAGUCCACGGACACGUGCUACGUGCUGUCCUUCGCCAUCAUCAUGCUCAACACCAGCCUCCACAACCACAACGUGCGCGACAAGCCCACGGCGGAGCGCUUCGUCACCAUGAACCGCGGCAUCAACGAGGGCGGAGACCUCCCCGAGGAGCUGCUGCGGAACCUGUACGAGAGCAUCAAGAAUGAGCCGUUCAAGAUCCCGGAGGACGACGGCAACGACCUGACGCACACGUUCUUCAACCCGGACCGGGAGGGCUGGCUCCUGAAGCUGGGGGGGCGCGUGAAGACCUGGAAGCGGCGCUGGUUCAUCCUCACCGACAACUGCCUCUAUUACUUUGAAUACACGACGGAUAAGGAGCCCCGGGGCAUCAUCCCGCUGGAGAACCUGAGCAUCAGGGAGGUGGAAGACCCGCGGAAACCGAACUGUUUCGAGCUUUACAACCCGAGCCACAAAGGGCAGGUCAUCAAAGCCUGUAAGACGGAGGCGGACGGCCGGGUGGUGGAGGGCAACCACGUGGUGUACCGCAUCUCGGCGCCCAGCCCCGAGGAGAAGGAGGAGUGGAUGAAGUCCAUCCGAGCCAGUAUCAGCAGGGAUCCUUUCUAUGACAUGUUGGCCACAAGGAAAAGGAGGAUUGCCAAUAAGAAAUAGAGCUUUCCUGGCCUGAGCAGCAGGUAAAAGUAAACUCAGACCCCACAGCAAAGAGUGACAGGGGGCCUCCCCGCGACGCCCUGGACCCCCGAUGACCUGUCUCCUCCGGACGGCGGCCCCACUGGUCUCGAGGGGCCGCGCGCCUCCUGUUGUCCCUCCCUAUCGCCCUCCGGGUGCCGAGCGCAUCCUUCUGGAAGUCUCGUCUAGCAGCCGCACCUGGUGGUUCAGCCGUGAAGAUCCGCGUGGCAGGCGCGUGGCCACAUGUGCUCCUUCGUGGCCCCGGUGUUCACCCUUCUGGAAGCCGCUGUUUUGUAUCGUAACAGGAAAGGAAAAGC